GGGAGAGAUCGACGUGGAUCAGUUAGCGAGAGAGAGGAUGUGGUUAGAUUGAUUUAAGCGUGUAGCGUGGAGGGAGAGUAAGGUUUGGACGGACGCUUGGGACGGACGGGAGAAAUUGCGGAGAAUAAAAAGUCAGCUUAAAUCCUUGCAUUAAUCGGCCGUUUUUAAUUCCGGAAAGUGACUCCUCUACAUCUGGCGACGAGGACAUCAUGGAAGGAAUUGUUGACGAUGCUCGGCCUGUUCCACCGUUUCGGUGCGAGCAAAUUGAACGGAGUCACCUGGCAAAGGAGUGAAAAAGCUGGAGGUCGGCUCUGGAGAUUUACUUCGAUGCGUACGAUGUCUGCGAUCAGCGUAAAAAGAGGGCGAAACUGCUGCACUUCGGCGGUAGACAACUACAGAAAGUCUUCGAUAGUUUCCCCGACAGCGUUAAGGCACCUGAAGAUCCGUUGCCCGUCUACGACACGGCUAUCAACAAGCUGAAUGAGUUCUUCGAACCAACCCGUCAGUACAUACUGGAACGAGCGCGACUGAGGAAAAUGCGGCAGGAGAAGAACGAAAGGUUCGCGCAUUUUGUCAUGCGGAUCAGGCAACAGCUGGCUUGCUGUGGCAUGGAACACUUCUCACCGGAAACGAGAGAAGUCCUGACGGAAAUCCUCAUCAUCGACACCAUCACGACGGGAUGCAGCUCCGAUGAGUUGCGACGGAGCAUCAUGCGAAGAGACAGAUCGCUCGCCAAGAUUGAAGAGCUCGGAUCAUCGAUGGAGUGCGUGGAACAGCAGGUUAAAGAUAUCGGAUUGCUGAAGGUACCGGAACCGCAGAUGGAGAAGGCUUUUCGCGUGGAGAGAUACCCUCGUACGGGGCGCUUCAACCGAACGGAUCGCUUCAGCCGACCGGAUCGCUUCAGCCGGCCGGAGCGCUACACAAGGUCUGGACCGACCGCAAGCGAUGCGAAGUGUUACAGAUGCGGCGUUCCAGGACAUCUCGCCAAUUCGGAAGAUUGCCGAGCUCGAGACCAAAUGUGCCAUCACUGCAAGACAAUUGGGCACUUCGGAGCUGUGUGCAACAAGCGAUUGCAGUCGAAGCAGGGCACCAAACGAGUCCACGUGGUGGAACGCGAAGAGACACGGCAGGUUUUGCCGAAGGAUGAACCGAAGGAAGAAGCUCAAACACAGUCGAAGAAGGAGUACUACUGUUUCUACUCGGGUAACGAAUCGAAUACCAUUAGCUGUACAGUCGGAGGGGUCUCACUGAAAAUGCUAGUAGACUCCGGAUCGGACGCCAACGUGGUCAACACAGCGACCUGGGAAAAAUUGAAAAAAGAACACGUUCAUGUGGUUUCGAUGCAAAAAGGAACUGACCAGGUGCUGAGAGGUUAUGGAAGUAGUGCGCCGUUGCGUAUACGUGGAACGUUCCAAGCCAGUGUCAGUGUGAGCGGACGAACGGUUGAUGCGACAUUUUUUGUCGUGGAAGAAGGUCAAUGUUGCUUGCUUGGCAAUGCAACCUCCAAAGCACUGGGCGUGCUGAGAGUAGGGGUUAACUGCGUGGAUCAAAGCACCAAGCCAUUUGGUAAAAUUAAGGACGUGCAGGUCAACAUACACAUGGAUUCGUCGUUCAAGCCUGUUUUCCAACCAGUUCGACGAGUUCCCAUUCCGUUGGAGGCCGCGGUGAACAAAAAGUUGGAGGAAAUGUUGGCACGAGACAUAAUCGAGGUGAAAACCGGCCCAACGUCGUGGGUGUCACCGUUAGUAGUAGUGGGAAAGGCCAAUGGGGAGUUGCGCUUAUGUCUGGAUCUGAGGCGUGUGAACGAAGCAGUUUUACGCGAGCGUUUUCCUAUGCCGGUUGUUGAUGAACUUCUCGCGCGGAUUGGAAAAGGAAAAAUUCGCAGCCGACUAGAUAUCCGUGAGGCAUUCCUGCAAACUGAGCUGGCACCUGAAUCGAGAGACAUCACGACCUUUAUCACAAGUAAAGGUUUGUUCCGCUUCAAACGGCUACCGUUCGGCCUGGUAUCAGCGCCGGAAAUAUUCCAGCGGGUCAUGGAAGGAAUUCUAGCGGGUUGCGAAGGGACAAUCUGUUACCUGGACGACAUUUAUGUGGAAGGCGAAACCAUUGACCAGCACGAUGCAAGACUGAAUGAAGUAUUGAAACGCCUCAAUGACUACGGAGUCAUUCUUAACGACGCUAAGUGCAUUGUUGGGGUCACUGAGCUGGAGUUCUUGGGACACGUCAUCUCGCCACAUGGAAUUCGACCAGUUUCGUCUAAAAUUGAAUCGCUUGUGUCCUUCCGUCGCCCUGAAAGCGUGAACGAGCUGAAAAGUUUUCUGGGCCUUGCAAACUAUCUGAACAAGUUCAUUCCCAACUUAGCAACCAUCGACGAACCGUUGCGAAACUCCUCCAUCAUUCACAAAAGUUCGAAUGGUCCCAGCAGCAACAAAAUGCGUUUGAAGCGAUCAAACUAGCAUUAGCAAACUCCAGCUGUCUCGGACACUUCUCGGUUGAGGACUCCACCUUGGUGUUUGCGGAUGCCAGUCCAACGGCACUCGGAGCUGUUUUGAUACAGAGGAAAUCGGAUGGGGCUUGUCGAGUUAUUUCCUACGCGUCGAAAUCUCUGACGGACAUGGAGAAGCGAUAUUGUCAGACGGAGAAAGAGGCCUUGGCCUUGGUCUGGAGCGUCGAGAAAUUCCAAAUGUACCUGCUUGGGAUGGAGUUCAAGCUUCUGACCGAUUGUAAGGCUCUGCUGUACCUUUUCACCCCUCGAUCAAGGCCGUGCGCAAGAAUGGAAAGAUGGAUUUUGCGAUUGCAAGGCUUCAAAUACGUCGUGAAACAUAUUCCAGGCGAUCAAAACAUUGCUGAUGUUCUUUCCCGAUUGUCAACGAUGGCGCCGGAGCCAUUCGACGCCUCAGAGGAACUUUUCAUCAACGAGAUCGCCCAAUCUGCGGCGGUAAACAUUGCGAUUCGUUGGGAGGAGCUUGAGAGAUGUUCAGCAGAGGACGAAGAGAUCAAGUCCAUACUCGAGCUCCUGGACCAGGAUCGGCUUUUUGAGCUACCGUUGCAGUAUCGAGUUGUAAGUAAGGAACUUUGUCGUCUGGGUAACAUUUUGAUGCGUGGAGACCGUGUUGUUGUUCCUCAACGGCUGCGAGACCAGAUAUUGAAGAUCGCACACGAAGGCCAUCCGGGGUCCCGUAUGAUGAAAAGUCAUCUCCGAUCUUCAGUAUGGUGGCCGAAACUGGACCAGGACACGGAUCGUGUUGUAGCUCAGUGUCGAGGAUGUACUCUGGUUUCGGCACCGUCUGCGCCAGAACCAAUGAGCCGUCGAGAACUACCCGCAAGGCCAUGGGAAGAUCUGGCCAUUGAUUUUCUUGGCCCACUCCCGGAAGGACAGUUUUUGUUAGUAGUUGUUGACUAUUAUUCUCGGUACUACGAGGUAUGUGAGAUGGGAACCAUCACAGCAGAGGACACCAUUAGGGAGCUAAGGGCAAUCUUUAGUCGUUUUGGGGUACCUUUGACCGUGACCGCCGACAAUGGUCCGCAACUGAGUGAAGAUUGCGUGGAGUUUUCUGACUUCUGUCAAAGUUAUGGAGUAAAGCUGAUAAAUACUGUGCCCUACUGGCCCCAGAUGAAUGGAGAGGUCGAACGGCAGAAUCGGACAAUCUUGAAGCGACUACAAAUUGCCCAGGAACUGGGGCAGGAUUGGCGAGCUGAACUGCAACGAUUCCUUCUCACAUAUCGUGCUACGGCACACCCUACAACAGGACGAUCACCAGCGGAGCUACUGAUGGGUAGGCCGAUUCGUACCAAGCUUCCACAGUUGACUGUUACUCGCUUGGAUGACGAUGAGGUUAGGUACAAGGACAGUGUGGAAAAGGCGAAGGGGAUGGAAUAUGCAAACGCGAAACGACGAGCCAAGGAGAGUGACAUCAGUGUAGGCGAUCAUGUUUUCAUGAAGAGAAUGAAAAAGGACAACAAGCUGAGUACUGAAUACAUGAACGAGGAUUUUGUUGUGAUGACCAAGACCGGUUCCGACGUUACGGUGAAAUCUGUAAAAACCGGAAAGGAGUUCAGACGGAACGUUACCCACCUCAAGAAGAUCCAGCAAAGUGAAACCGACAACGAAACCACCGCCGAUGGAGAAGCAACUGGGGAUUCUGCAUCUAUGGAGAAGGAGACGUCAUCCGAGAACAUUGCUGACGAACCAUCCGAGAUGACAACAGGGAGUACCGUAGCUGCUCGGGCACGGAAGCGUCAGGAACCUUCACGGUUCCGGGAUUACGUGGCUUACCAACUAAAUACGUUUUAGGGGGGAUGUAGGGGAGAGAUCGACGUGGAUCAGUUAGCGAGAGAGAGGAUGUGGUUAGAUUGAUUUAAGCGUGUAGCGUGGAGGGAGAGUAAGGUUUGGACGGACGCUUGGAACGGACGGGAGAAAUUGCGGAGAAUAAAAAGUCAGCUUAAAUCCUUGCAUUAAUCGGCCGUUUUU